CCCAACCUCCCAACUAAGCCCACUUACCAUGCCCCCCCAAUCCCCCAAUCACCACCCUAACUCCACUCAUAACCACCCUCCCCUCCCUUGGCGGUGCUCCACACUCCCCUUGGUGGACCUGCCCGUACCCUAUCCCUCCCCCCCCUCCCCACCCCCUGGCGCAGGUUAGCAUUCGGUCGCCUCAUCCACCGCUCAUCUUCCUAGAUCUCAAAAUCAGCCGCACACUCCUCCACCCACCUCUUUUAACCAUGCCACCAAACACCCCCCUAUCCUGCGCCGCCCCCUCUCUUAUCCUACGCACCCCCUUUUCCCACCCUCUUAAACACCACAAAUCCCUAAAUCCCUAAUCUCCUCCUCCUCCUCCUCAGCCAUGGCUUCUUCCCCUCCCUCUUCCCCCCAAGACGACGCCCUCAUUCCUCUCCAGUCCGAUCCGCCGCAGGCCGUCCCCCUCGCCCUCCCGGCCCCUCCUCCGCCGCAGCUCACUCCGGCCUCGGCGCCUCCGCCCUCCUCCCGCCGCCUCCCCCCUCCCUGCUGGUCCCACGACGAGACCGUCGCCCUCAUCGACUCCUACCGCGACAAGUGGUACUCCCUCCGCCGCGGCAACCUCAAGGCCACUCACUGGCAGGACGUCGCCGACGCCGUCUCCCGCCGCUGCCCGGCCGCGUCACCGGCCAAGACCGCCGUCCAGUGCCGCCAUAAGAUGGAGAAGCUCCGGAAGCGGUACCGGACCGAGAUCCAGCGGGCCAAGUCGAUGCCCUUGUCCAGGUUCACGUCUUCUUGGGUCCACUUCAAGAGAAUGGACGCCAUGGAGAAAGGUCCGGCGGCUUUGAAGAACGAGAAUUCGGACAGUCCCGGCGACGACGGCGAGGAUGAGGAGAACGAUGAGGAGGACGAUCAGGAUCAGGAGUUGUAUGAGGAGUUGAGGUAUGGGUCGAAUAUGAAGAGUAUGAGUAAGAUGUAUAGGAAUGGAGUUGGGGUUGGGGUUGGGGGGAGUGGCGGGAGCAGUGUUGGUGGUGGGAGUGGUGGGUUUAGGAUUAGGAUUCCGACUGGGGUUAGUAUAGCUCAGCCUGGGAACAAGGUUUAUCCGAAGAUGGAUGCGAAAUUCGGGUUGAAUUCGCACCCGGGGUCGCAUUCCGGGCCGAGUUAUGCUACUGCCAAGGUGAUGAGAGAGUGCAAUAAUAAUUCAGGGGGGAGAAGUGGGGGGUUGGGGAAGAGGGAGAGGGAACGAGAGAGGGAGAGAGACCCUGUGGCGGAGAUGGUGUCGGCGAUUAAGGUCUUGGGAGAUGGGUUUGUGAGGAUGGAGCAGAUGAAGAUGGAGAUGGCCAGGGAGAUUGAGACUAUGCGAAUGGAGAUGGAGAUGAAGAGGACCGAGAUGAUUUUGGAGUCGCAGCAGCGGAUUGUGGAGGCCUUUGCAAAGGCUGUAUCGGAGAAGAAGAAGAAGGCUAAGAGAAUGCCGUCGCCUGAGGCUUAGAUGAUGUUGCGUUGGAGAUUGGAUGAAGAGUUGUUCCCAAAUGGGUUUUGUUGUGUUUGCAGAAUUUCAGAGUUUUGGGGAGUUCUUAUGGUGGUGUCUUUGAGGAUGAGUGAGCUUCCUGUUCAUAGCAGCAGAUGCGGGUUGGUCUUAAUGAAGAUGUAUCUGAGUUUGCUAGUUUGUAAGUUUGUGUUUAACUCUCUUUCACACCACUUUUUUUAAGUGAUAGGAGAAUGUGGAACUUGGUCACUUUAGCCCUUUUGGAUGAUUGUAGCUUAAUCUUUGUAGCAUCAUGUAGUACUGGAAAUUAUGUAGAAUAGUUAUUCUGUUCCUAUCUCAGUUUAAUGCAUAGUAACUUUAGCUGUUUGAUCUUGAA